AUGGAACAAGAGAAAAACUUGGUUAUUUGUCAUGGAUAUGGAGCUGGCUUAGGGUUCUUUUAUAGAAAUUUUCAAGACUUAUCACAACAAAAGGGCUGGCGUCUUUUCGCUAUUGACUGGUUAGGGAUGGGUAAUAGUUCAAGACCUAAAUGGACUAUCUCGAAAGCAUCUAAUCAAACUUGGGAUGAUAUUGUUCAAGUUGAGGAUCAUUUUGUUGAAUCAUUAGAAAGUUGGAGAACAAAAGUUGGUAUAGAUAAAAUGACUUUAAUGGGACACUCAUUAGGCGGUUACUUUGCUACCUGUUACGCUCUUAAAUACCCUGAACGUGUGCAAAAACUAAUUUUGGUUUCACCCGCUGGUAUACCUGAAAAUUCUCCACAAAAGCAACAUCAAAUUACAAAUAAUAAUAUAAAUCCACAGGAGGAGUUACAGAAGGAAGCGACAGAAAUUAGCGCUUCUUAUCAAGCAGAAGCUGCUGUGGCUGAACAAAAUGCAAAGUCAUUACCUGGAAAAGGACGUCAGAUACCUGCAUGGUUAACCUAUCUAUGGGAUAGAAAUGUGACGCCCAUGUCGAUCAUUCGUUGGAUAGGUCCUUUCGGUCCAAGUUUAGUAUAUAGUUAUGCAGCAAGACGAUUUGCACAUCUAGAUGAAUCUGAACAGCAUGAUCUUUAUGACUAUUUAUAUCACAUUACUUCAUCGAGUGGCUCUGGUGAGUUUGCAUUGGCAGCUAUAUUAGCCCCUGGAGCAUAUGCACGAAAACCUUUAUUUAAUCGAUUGUCAAAAUUAAAGAUGCCGACAGUCUUUAUUUAUGGUGAUCAUGAUUGGAUGGAUUAUAGGGCUGCUGAAAAAGCGAAACAGUAUAUGAAUGUACCUGUUAAAGUUAUACGUGUUUCAAAUGGGGGUCAUCAUAUGUAUUUAGAUAAUCCUAUAGAAUUUAAUUAUAUAAUUAGACAAGAAAUGCAAGAGAUAAGCGAAAAAUAA